AUGGUGCCCAACUUUGAGAUAUCACAAAAUUCUGACACGAGUGCUCUAUAUACUUCCGGAAGAAAGUGGCUUUAUCGACGAGUUAGAAGGUCUUGCAGGCAGAAGCUGCUUUUCAAGAGAAUACCUAUCUUAACGUGGUUGCCGAAUUACCGGAAGGAAUAUGUAGUAAGCGAUUUAGUAGCUGGUAUCACCGUAGGCCUCACUGUUAUACCACAAGCCAUAGCGUACGCUAACGUUGCGGGAUUACCGUUACAGUAUGGACUUUAUUCAUCUUUCAUGGCCUGUUUUGUGUACACAAUUUUUGGCUCUUGGAAAGACGUGCCUGUCGGACCAACAGCAAUCGCCGCGAUUCUAACGAGAGAAACCUUACAAAAAGCCCAUCUAGGACCUGAUUUUGCUAUAUUACUAUGUUUCAUCUCAGGUUGCGUCUCCUUAUUAAUGGGCACUUUGCAAUUAGGAUUCUUAUUGGAUUUUAUAUCUGGACCAGUAUCCGUUGGUUUCACGUCGGCGGCGUCGAUUAUUAUCGCCACCAGUCAAGUAAAAGAUAUUCUUGGACUUAAAGUUUCCGGCACUAAAUUUGUACAGGUCUGGCAAAAUAUUUUCGAGCAUAUUGGCGAGACAAGACGUUGGGAUACCACGUUAGGAAUUGUCUGCAUAAUCGUUCUUCUACUUCUCCGGAAAGUAAAGGAUUUGCCGGUGAUGCCAAAAAAUACUAAAGUACCAUCACGACUUCAACAAGUUAUCACGAAGUCGUUCUGGCUAAUCUCCACUGCUAGAAACAUCAUUAUAGUGAUUCUUUGCGCGGUGAUGUGCUGGCUUCUCGAAAAGCACUUAGGAAAAUCGCCCGUUAUUUUAACGGGUCAUGUAAAACAAGGACUACCGGAAUUUCAGUUGCCACCUUUCGAAGCUCAGGUUGGAAAUGAGACCUAUACUUUCAUCGAUAUGAUUUCCGCUCUGAGCACUGGUUGUCUAGUCGUUCCUAUGCUAAGUUUGCUAGAAACCAUUUCUAUCGCCAAAGUAUUCUUGUUAAUCUUUUGCUUCAAAUGGAAGAAAACUGCAGCUGAAGCUCAUCGAAUGCUUGUAGAAGUUUAUGAAAGUACUCCUUCCAAUAAAACAUGCAGAAAAUGGUUUCGACGCUUUCAAAGUGGUAAUUUUGACGUAGAGGACAAAGAGCGUUCUGGACGACCAAAAGCAUUUGAAGAAGAAGAAUUGCAGGCAUUGGUGGAUGAAGAUCCAUGCAACAAAAAAAGGGGGUUUAGCAUCGAAUUGUGGCUGGUGAUGAAAAAUGGAUCUAUUUCGAUAAUUCCAAACGCGGAAAAACCAUUUGCAAUCCAGGUAACCAUCGACAUCGACGCCAAAACGCAAUAUUCAUGGGAAGAAGGCCAUGCUCUGUACUUGCGGGACCAGAAGGAUGUAGUAUAUACUAUGAGCUGUUGA